CAAAUCCUUAAACGUGAAAUAAUCAAAUACCGUAACCUCCAUCUCGAUUUGGAUAGCAGAACCCUAAUAAACACAGAGGUGGUCCUUUGUUGGUGCGGAGGAGAGAAAAGAGAAGAUGGUGUUCUACUUCAAAGCCCGACCAGAGGUAGGCGAUUACACCAUCUUUAUGGGCCUCGACAAGUUCGAGAACGAGGAGCUCAUCAAAUAUGGCUUCCCUGAAGAUAUCUGGUUCCAUGUGGAUAAAAUGUCUUCUGCCCAUGUUUAUGUAAGACUGCAUAAGGGUCAGACUAUAGAUUAUAUAAGUGAAGGUUUACUCGAGGAUUGUGCUCAGCUUGUCAAAGCGAAUUCCAUUCAAGGCAACAAGGUAAAUAAUGUUGACGUUGUUUAUACACCUUGGGCCAAUCUAAAGAAAACUGCUUCCAUGGAUGUUGGCCAAGUUGGUUUCCACAAUCCAAAGAAUGUUCGGACUGUGAGAGUAGAGAAGCGGAUAAAUGAGAUUGUUAAUAGAUUAAACAAGACAAAAGUUGAAAGAAAGCCUGAUUUGAAAGCGGAGCGAGAAGCAGUCGGCGCAGCUGAAAGAGCAGAGAGAAAGCUUCAACAGAGAGAUAAAAAACGCCGUGAAGAAAUGGAAAGGCUUGAAAAGGAGAGGCAAGCAGAGAUAAGAAGUUACAAGGGUUUAAUGGUCUCGGAGAAAAUGACAUCAAACAAAGAUAUUGCUUCAAUAAACAAGUCCUUGCAGGAAUUGGAAGAGGACUUCAUGUGAGUCACUUUGUGGUUCUCGUCAUCUCACGUUCAUUAAAAUACUCCAUGGCGUCCCUCUUAUGGAAGGGACUUGUCAUUCAUUUUACAUGACUUUUGGCCUUUUGAAGUCAUUGAUCCUCUUGAAUAAAUUACCUUAUUCAAAGCUGUAAUUUAUGUUACUGUGAUGUGGGUGAUUGAAAAUCUGUUUGCAGUGUUUGGAAAGACACUGGAGGCUGUUUUUUUUUUUUUUAAUUAAUUUUGGUUGGGGAUUUCUUUUU